AUGAGAUCUUCUGUACUGUUUUCAUUGUAUGCGGCGACGCUGGUUGCAGCUGUUGCACAUCCCAAAGACCCUCAGAUCGUGCUCCAAGAGUCGCAGGCGACCAUCGUUGAGCCGGAUGAGUACCUCAUAGAGCUGUCUCCUGGCGAGACGCGAUGGGUUACUGAAGAUGACAAGUGGGCGUUACGACGGGAAAACAUCAACUUCUUCGACAUCACACAUAACAAGGAGCUUGGAACCCUGAAUCAUAAGCUCUCCACGGAAAGCGUCAAGUUUCCUUCCAAACCAGCGCACAAUGAGAGCAUUGUACCACUGCUCAAAGAACUGAAGAAAGAGAACAUGCGCACACAUCUCGAGACCUUCACCUCGUUCCACACACGAUACUACAAGUCCCACUACGGUGCCGAGUCAUCAGCGUGGCUGCUUGAACAAGUCAGGAAGACUUUGACAGAUGCUGGGGCAUCGAAAGCCUCCGUGAAGGCAUUCCCACAUCCUUGGGGUCAGGCUUCCAUCAUUGCCACCAUUCCUGGCAAGAGCGACAAGACGGUUGUCAUUGGUGCUCACCAGGACAGUAUCAACCUGUUUCUACCCUCCAUUCUUGCCGCACCAGGCGCCGACGAUGACGGCAGUGGUACUGUCACCAUUCUUGAAGCACUACGCGUGUUACUCAAAUCCGAAGAGGUACUCAAGGGCGAAGCAGACAACACAAUCGAGUUCCACUGGUACUCUGCCGAAGAAGGCGGCCUUCUUGGAUCUCAAGCUAUCUUCCAGUCCUACGAGAAGGAAGGUCGGGAUGUCAAGGCUAUGCUCCAGCAGGACAUGACUGGUUAUGUCCAAAAGACUCUCGACGCAGGCGAACCUGAGUCUGUUGGCGUCAUCACCGACUUUGUCCACCCAGGUCUCACCGAAUUCAUCAAAAAAAUUAUCACCGUGUAUUGCGAUAUUCCAUAUGUCCUGACCAAAUGCGGCUACGCUUGCUCUGAUCACGCAAGCGCCUCAAAGGCAGGCUACCCAUCAGCCUUCGUCAUCGAAUCAGACUUCAAAUACUCUGAUAAUAAGAUCCAUACUACAGAGGACAAGAUCGAGUACCUCAGCUUCGAUCACAUGCUGCAGCAUGCUCGUUUGACGCUUGGAUUAGUGUAUGAGCUUGCAUUUGCCAAGUUCAAGUGA